CGUUGGUGACCGUCGCGGCUUCGCGUCACUUCUAAGCCACGAGGACGUACUCCGCAGGCACCCACGCUACAUGACCUCGGCGGCGCUCAUCUGCGCGGCCGCCGCCAGCUUUCUGGUCGGCGGCGGCCCUCGGGCGCCUGCGGCGCUGCCGCGUGCGAGCCGCAUCAUCGCCGCAAUCGACUACAAGGACCCGGCGGUGGCCGCCGAGUUCCAAAAGGUGCAGGAGCGGCCGAUCGAGCUCGUCGAGGCCGAGAUCGAGAAGAGCGGCGUCCCGGUCCCUCCGUCGCUCAACGAGAUGGACAUGCGGCUGAUGCUGGUGGAGCUGCGGAUGCGAAAGGCGGGGACGAUGCCGGGCGGCGGCAAGGCGGCGCCGAAGAAGCCUGCGAACUACGGCUCAAAGUACGAGGAGGCGCUCUGGGAGAAGCCCGCCUUCAAGCGCCUGAUCGACGACUACCGCGCGCGCGGCAACACAAACGCGCUCAACCUCGCGACGGAGUACCUCAAUAGCCCGAGGCAAGCGGCGGACAGGUACGCGGGCACAGGCGCGUACGACGAGACUGUCGCCGCCAUCGACGCGGCGAUGAGCGCGAAGGUGGAGCAGCAGGUCACCUCCGGCCGCGUGGCCUUUGGAGGCUUCCCCGCGGCGAUGGGGGAGGCGGCCAUCCGGAUGACCCUGGAGGGGUUCGGGCCCCUCGCCAGCUUGAGUGUUGACGUGUCGGGCGACGGGCUCUCGUGCCGCGGCGCGGCAGAGUUCGAGACAGUCGAGGCGGCGAAGGCGUGCAUCGACAAGUACGACGGGGUGGACAUGGGGCUCGGCACGACGCUCGAGUUCAAGGCGCUGUGAGGCGCGGCGCUGCGGCGUGAGCCUGCGGGCGCGGUCGGCUAUCUGCGGCGUGGGAGGGAGCUGCGCGACGGAGGGCUGAGGAGGUGUCGUGAGUCGCUUUGGACAUCGUCGCCUUAUCGCUCUCUCGCCGCCCCCUCCUCCCACGUUCUCCAGAGUCCUGUGUUACGAUAUGCGACCGGCCGCGGGGCGGGGCGUGCGCGCGCGGGGGGGGGGGUCUUCCAUAACAUCGAGAAGGGCAAGGUCACCGUGUAUCUAGACGAGCUGAAAUGGAAGUCGUC